CACCUCCUGUGGCCACUCAGGGGGCCUGUGACUCGGAGCACACAGAGUCCCCCAGCCGGGCCACGUCUGGAGGCUGGGAGGGGAGGAUGGGUCUGUGUGGGCUGAACUGUGCCCCACAAAAAUCCUACGAUGAAGCCUGGAGGCCCAGCACUUGAGAAUGUGACGGGACUUGGAGACGGGGUGAUCAAGAUAAAACAGGUCACUGGGGCACCACCCAGCCAGAGCCCCCGGGGGCCGCUCCAGCCCAGGCCUGGGGGCCAGGUGCCCCUGCCAGCUACUUUCUCCCUGACGAUGCUUCCACGUCGUGGGCCUUUCCAGCUGGAAGAGACACCCCCAGCCGAUUCCUAGCCCGGCAAACACCUGCCCUGCCACAGUGCACACCUGCGACAGGCACAGCACCCACCUGGAGCCCACCUGCCCAGCCGGCCCAGGCAUUCGCCCCCUGCCCUGGAUCACCCCCGGGCAAGAGCCUGCCCAGCUAGACGCCACCCGACAGCCCAGAGUCCACAGAAACUGAGCCCCUCAAGCCCUUGCUCAAACACGCCACGCUGCCUGGAAACCCCCUCCGCCUCCUCGUGGCCGGCUGCCCAGCGUGGCCAUGUGUGGCGCGGAGCACCCUGCUCUGGAGUCUGCGAGUAAUGAGCUUUCUGGGCAGUUGGGUCCUGGCUGUCACCCUGCGCGCCUGGUAAGAUACAGCCAAGGACGCUUCACCGCACCCUCCCACCCCGUCUGCUGGCACCUGGGGAAGCCCCCCACCCCCUGCACCCCCGGUCGAGGUUCUGCGGCCGCAGCCCUCCCUGGGCCUGGGUCCCGGUGCCGGCCCAGCUUGGACGUGGUCAUUACCACGGUGGAGCUUCGCCACCCCAAGGGGCGAGGCCAACAGGCCAGAGCCCCAGGGGCCGGCCUGCCCCUCCUGCCAGGCGUGGGCUUCGCCCUGUCCCGACCCAGCCCGCCCAGCAGCAGUCGUCAGAGCAGGGGCCCCCGCGGGACCCAGCGCACCCCCUGGGUGCCCAGACAGAGCAGGGACCAGGCUGGGGCCCAUCUCCUAACGUGCCGAUGCCACUCCAGGGCCUUGGAGCCGGGCGCCCCUCAGCCCCUGCGGGUCCUCCGAGGCCAUCCUCGCGCCGGGCUGGCCUGGCUGCGGCUCCUGCUCCUGCAGGGAGGUGGCCCAUGGGGCUUGCGGGUAGACGCCCACUCCCUGGGGUUCCCUGCGUCUGACGCCACAGACUGGCCCCUCGUGGUGCCACCUGCCUCCAGAGUCAGCUCCCAAACAGACGCCGCCUGGGCGGGGGCUGCUGGGCCGCGCAGGGCCUGGGCUCCUGCCGGAAUCCUUCGCUCCUGGGCGAGGGGCUGCGCUGCGUUUCCCAGGGCCCGGCCGAGUCCACAGCCGACCGCAGGAACCGACCCGGGUCCUUGCAAGGGCGGAGGGCAGGUGGGCACAGUCCUGCAGGCUGGGCCCUGCCCCUCCGGCCGCUCUCCACAGCCAGGAUCCCAGCCGGCACCUCCUGCAGGCGGAGCAGGGAGCCAGGCGCUCUCCACGCCCUCAAAGAGCCAGAGGUAAAGGCAGCAGGAAAGGCGGCGGGCGUGGCGGGCUCACCAGGCGAAGAGCGGCUUGCUGUCCUCCUUGGAGAGCUC